CUGGCUAUGGUUCCAGUGGUGGCGCCGUGGACACAUCGCAGGGCAGCGGGAGCGGCGGCGGCGGCAGACAGCGCCAUGCGCCGCUCUACGGACGCUUUGUGGUCGAAGAGGAACUGCCCGCUACGCAUCGUGAUGUUAUGCAUCAUCACUCUAGUCCUUCGUCUUCGUCGGAGGUGCGCGCCAUGCAGGCACGCAUACCCACACACUUUCGAGAUCCGGCCAUGGCACCAUUACGCAAGCUAAGCGUCGAUCUGAUAAAGACCUACAAGCACAUCAAUGAGGUAUACUACGCGAAGAAAAAGCGCCGUGCCCAGCAGACACAGGGUGAUGAUGAUUCGUCAAAUAAAAAGGAGCGCAAGUUGUAUAAUGAUGGUUACGAUGAUGAUAAUCACGACUAUAUCAUCAAAAAUGGCGAGAAGUUUCUGGAUCGCUACGAGAUUGAUUCACUAAUCGGCAAAGGCAGUUUUGGUCAGGUGGUCAAGGCCUACGAUCAUGAGGAGCAAUGCCACGUGGCAAUCAAGAUAAUUAAGAAUAAGAAACCGUUCCUAAAUCAGGCACAAAUCGAAGUCAAGCUGCUCGAGAUGAUGAAUCGUGCGGAUGCUGAAAACAAAUACUAUAUCGUCAAGCUCAAGCGCCAUUUUAUGUGGCGCAAUCAUCUGUGCCUCGUCUUCGAGCUGCUCUCGUAUAACCUGUACGAUCUGCUUAGGAACACAAAUUUCCGUGGCGUCUCGCUGAACCUCACGCGCAAAUUUGCGCAGCAACUGUGCACGGCCCUCCUGUUCCUGAGCACACCCGAACUGAACAUAAUACACUGUGAUCUGAAGCCCGAGAACAUAUUGCUAUGCAAUCCCAAGCGAUCGGCCAUCAAAAUUGUUGAUUUCGGCAGCUCCUGUCAGCUGGGACAGCGCAUCUAUCAGUACAUCCAAUCGCGCUUCUAUCGCUCGCCGGAGGUGCUGCUGGGCAUCCAAUAUGAUCUGGCGAUCGAUAUGUGGUCGCUGGGCUGCAUACUGGUCGAGAUGCAUACCGGUGAGCCGCUCUUCUCCGGCUGCAACGAGUUCGAUCAGAUGAACAAGAUAGUCGAGGUGCUGGGCAUGCCGCCCAAGUAUCUGCUGGAUCAGGCGCACAAGACGCGCAAGUUCUUCGAUAAGAUUGUCACCGAUGGCUCCUAUGUGCUAAAGAAGACCCUAAAUGGUCGCAAAUAUAAGCCGCCCGGUUCCCGCAAGCUGCACGAUAUAUUGGGCGUUGAGACGGGCGGACCGGCCGGCAGGCGCAUGGACGAGCCCGGCCAUUCGGUGUCUGACUAUCUCAAGUUCAAGGAUCUGAUACUGCGCAUGCUCGACUUUGAUCCCAAGACGCGCGUCACACCCUACUAUGCCUUGCAGCACAACUUCUUUAAGCGCACCACCGACGAGUCGACCAAUACGAGCGGCGCGGGCGCCACUGCGAAUGCCGGCGCCGGCGGCAACAGCGGCUCCGGCGGCAACUCAUCCGCCGGCGGCGGCAAUAGCGGCAGCGGCGGCAACGGCACCGGCGCACCUCCAACUGCCACCGGCAACAAUAGCAAUGCCAGCGGUGCCGGCGGUGGCGGCACUGCCGGACCUGGCGGUGCGGCGUCAACUGGCGGCGGACCCGGCGCCACCAACAGCAACAGCAUUGUCACCUCCAGCGUUGCAGCCGCCGCUGCCAUUGUCAACAACUCCUCAUCUUCCGGCGGCAGCAGCAGCAACAGCGGCAUCGCCGGCGGCGCCACCGGACAGCUGCAGCAGCAGCAGCAGCAGCAACAGUCGCUCGUCUCCAGCAGCAACAGCGGCGCCAUCGAUCCCCAAUGUUUAGGUCUGCUAUUGCAUCACACAAACAACAAUCACAGCAACAACAACAACAACACGACAGUUGCGGCCAAUGCGAUGAACUUUUCGGCGCUCAGUCUGCAGCCGCAGCCAGCGUCAACAGCAGCGACCAACAACAGCAACAACAACAACAACAUUAACAUUAGCAACAACAACAACAUUAACAGUCUGAAUAGCUUAAAUCACAGCAGCGGCGUCGGCGUCGGCAUCGGCUGCAACAGCGGUCGCCGCAACAUUUACAUGGGCAACAGCUAUCCGCACGCCAUGGACUGUGAUCCGCCGCUGGCGCAACAGAUGCUGCCGCCGCCGCUGCCGCCAGUAUCGGCUGUGGCUAUGGCAGCGGCAGCGCUGCGUCUUGGCCAGCCGCAUUUUGGACGCAUGCGCAACAGCGGCGUCGGCGCUGGCGUUGGCGUUGGUCCGCAUCAGAAUUUCAGCAGCAUUAAGCAUAACGGUGCAGCGCAGCCGCAGCCGCCGCCACCGUCAAUGCUGCUGCCGCCGCUACCACCCGCCGCACAUCAAAUGCAAAUGCAAACGCAGCCCCAGCCGCAUCACAGCUUUGCGCCAGCUUCGCUGCCGCUGGACCUGAUGCAUCACUAUGGCAAUAUGUCCGCAGCUGCGUCGCAUCUGAUGAUGACCGAUUCGAGCGUUAUCAGUGCAUCGGCUGCCGGCGGUCCGGCUGGCUCGGGACCGGCUUCCUAUACGGCGUUGCUUUAUCAUCCGCAACCGUUGGCGCCGCUGCCAUUGCCACUGCCCAUGCCGCUGCCAGCGUCUGCAUCGACGUCAUCAUCGUUGGCUGCGCUGCCAGCAUCGGCAGCAACAUCCGGCAGCGGCAACGGCAGCGGCAGCUCAGCAGCGGGCGCCAGCAGCGAUGCCUCCUCGUCGUCGCCCAUGGUGGGCGUAUGUGUUCAACAGAAUCCUGUAGUUAUACAUUAGCGUUACCUGCCGUCUAUAUAAACUAUAAUUUAACAAUUUUUAUUUUAUUUGCUUUUUUUUUAAAAAAAAAAACACACAAACGCACGCACGCACACAAACACGUCUGAGCCGCCGUUGCGCUCCUCUCUUUUUGUGUGCUGCUCUUCCGUUCUCUUAGCUCGCCAGCAGACACUGCUAUUUAUUGCACAUCCAUCCACCCACACACACACACACACACACAUACACACAAACAUUCAUAGCUAGCUGAAAUUUACACACACACACACACACCGCAUCGGUUUAUUUAAAUCACGCUCUCACCAUGCAGCCGUCUCGCUCACACACACACACACACACACACACACACAAGCACACGCAUCGCUCAUCGCGUUUACAGUUAGCAAGAGUGUUCUUAUGGAUUAGAACAGUUUUUUUUUUUUUACCUAGUUUUAAUUGCAUAACUUUAAUGUAACCAUAACG